AUGGAUGUCGGAAAGAACCCGGUCAACCACAUUCCGUCAUUGAUUGAAGCAGAUGAUGAACUGUUCGAGUAUUUCUCUGAGAAGUGGAACGCCGAGAACUUCGCCUAUGUCUUCAAGUACGGCUGUACCCAAAAUCAAGACGGUAUUCUCGGCUCGCACUGGAAUGUGCAAAUCAUCUGCAACGUUAGGUGGUCUUUCACCGAACAAGAAGUUGAGGCCAAUGCAUUCCUCCACAGACUCAGGCCCAUUGAACAUUUGCUGAAGAGUAUGCAUGCAGACUUGACAGCACAAAUCAACAAGAUCACGGCUGAACUAGGUUCAGAUGCAGACGCGGGUCUCGAGAACCCAUUCAUACCACCACCACCAACCAAAAGAUCACGAUCGGAGACAGAAAGCGACCACGAGGAUGAGCGUGGGUCGGCGAGCGAUAAGGUCUCUCGCUACGCCAAAGUCCCGAAGCCAGGCCCUUCUUCGACGCAUAGUGUCACCCCCGCGGUCGCCACGGAAGUGCAAACCGUCUCAGAAGCCCUAACUCAGUUAGAACUUCGUUGGCCGGAGGCAAAGGCUGUUGAGGCUGGCAUCGCUGAGCAUGUGCGAUAGCUGAAUGAAUUGCUAUCCAGCAGCCGAUCAAACCGUAAGCCUAAGAAGAAAGCAAGACCCAACCCGGAGUCCGGCCAAAAACAUGAUCAGGAAAGUCACAUCUCGGAAGAAGAUCCGGAAUCUCACAUCUCCGAGAGAAAGGAAACCGAGCACCCCCUAUUAGAUCACCAAUACGUGGUGGGAUGGGUGAUGAACUUCUCCGCUGCUGCUCCCCAGCAGAUAUAGGACCAUUGUCACCAUGUGCCGGUGGUCGUGCUGGAUAUAUCCCUCCCACGAUCCCUCUCACAAAAGCCAUGGAGCUCCCCGCAUUAUUGCUCAAGCUCGGUUGCUGUGUGAUCGACAUGACGCAAAUAUACUCCGGGACUUUCGGACCGCACGGAGGGAAUACAUCAUGGAUCAAUCGUCAUGGCGGGUGUCUGAUGCCG